AUGUUCUAUCAAUCCUUGGCUGCCAUGAUUGUCGCAUUUUCAAGCCUUCUGGGCUUUCUCCAAUCAUUUCGUUCCAAUCCUACUUCCUCAAUCAAGCAUAUCCUUGUCAUUGUUUCUCUUGUUUCAGUUGACUUUCUUAAUACUGUUGGCUGGUUGAGGGUUUUCAGGGUGUUUAUGCCCAUAUCUCUUCUUGUUGUUGCUACUAUUGUCCUCAUCUGGGCAUUCAUAGUAGCAUACGCUCGGCGAAAGUUAAUUUUAUUCUGUCAGGAUGACCCAACCCAGGAGAAAUUUUUUUUUAGGAAGACCUCUCUUACGCAUGCGAGAAUGUUCCCUGAGAGGUAUAACUAUGGAAUCAACUACUUCCUCGUUGGAACUCCGGUUGGAUUACGUGCUCGAGUCGGCGCAUUGAUGACCAUUGACAGCGAUAGAUCAGAUCAACAAUCUCCAGCCACCUAUUUUCAAAACUUCACUCAACAACUCUUCCGAAAGUUUGCUUGGUUCGGCAUAGACACGAGCCAAUAUCUUCAUCGUGGAGACGGCCAUAUGAGCCUGACUCAAAAAUUGGAGAUCUUCUUGAAGGAACGGGGCGAGGAUAUAUCCAAUUAUCCUUACGCAUAUCUCAUCGGAAUUCCCCAGUUCUGCUGGUGGACUAAAAGCCCAAUAUCCUACUGGUAUCUCUACUCUUCUUCCAAAGAACUCAGCGCCAUAAUUAUGGAAAUCAACAACUCAUACGGGGAGAAAAAGAACGCCUUUUGUCGAUUGAUCCGAGAAGAGAACUUCUGCUUUGAAAAGAAGAAAACUUCGCAAAUUAUUAGCACUGCGUUGGGAACGGGUGACGCAGGCAUCCAAGCUGUUCGAUUUGUGUCGUCUGCACCCAAUGCCAAAUAUUAUAAGGGCAGCUGGGACAAAGAUAUAUUUGCAUCACCAUUCGAAAAAGUUGAGGGCUGGUUCAACUUGCGAUUCAUGGAUCCUCUUGAUCCGUCGCCUGAGAAAGGAGGCCCACUUCAUUCCAACAUGACUCUAAUGAGCAUAGAGGGCAAGCCCAAAGUGUCUAGUCGCUUGUUUUCAUGCAGCCCGCCUUUUGACCCUUUGUCAGCCUCAUCCUGGGGACUGACCAAGUUCCUACUCAGCUGGUCAUUUGUCAUUCCGGCGUCCAUAGGACGGAUCGUGGUGGAGGCUCUUCGAAUUCGGUUUCGAGGCAAUAUGCUGUAUCUGAACAAACCAGAUGUGAAGAAGAACAAUAUUCCACGCAAGGCAUCAAAGCCAGAAAGGGUUUUGGAAACAUUUUUCCGAAUGUACCUCUCGAGCAUGGUCAAUCAAUGUCAAAUCCCUCUGGAAGUGGUGUACACACCUGCGAAAUCCCUCGGCCUCCAACCUAUCUCUAUGCAUUCUCCAGUGAAGACCCUCACAUUAGCUCCGCCCCCAGUGCUGAUGAUACAGCCUCUCACCCCAAAGUUCUACACAAACAUUUUGAAAUAUCCCGAUGCCCAGUCUGGCUUCGCGGCCGAGCUCGAGAGCGACCCCCAAAUCUCAGAUCCGAUAUCUCAACGCAUAUGGAUUUCCGAUCUAGUUCUUCUGCAGAGGUUGAUUGGGCCGAAGCUUAUGACUAACACCCGCCGAGAAUACUCUCCAUCUGCAAGCUACUUCUCGUGGCCUAACAACCUAGGGUGCGGAUCGUUCAUGGACGACUUCACCGACGAUCAAUGCUCUAAAACUAUGCGCAAAACGUACCGAGUCGCGAAAAUUCAGUGCUAUCUCACGGAGAAGUUCGCGUGGGGCUCAUACAGAAUCGCUGGCUUUUACUGGUUGAUCCUGUGUGCGAUCUUCAUGCGUCUAGUCUGGAAAGGUUUAUGGUCGGUGCAGUGUAACUGGGCUAUGGGGAGGUUUCCAGAUGUCUUUAUGGUUUCUAGUAUUUGUUUGCUGCUGCUUCAAGCUUUUCGAGGCCUGGAUAUUAAUAUUUAUUGA